AUGAGCAGGGCACAGCCGUGGGUGCCGGCGGCACACUGGCAGGUGGAGCGGGAUGCCAGCCAUUAACCCGGUGACUGUCAUGACGCGCAUCCUGCCUCGCAAAUGGCACGUGCAUCUGGGAUUCAUCCUCAGCCCUCGGCCAAGGAGCGCACUUGACAGACACACCAGGCUGGAAAACCCCCUGGCUGAUCCCGACAGCAGCCAUUCUGCACCUCCCUCCCCAGGAAUCAGGACAAACGGGAUCAUGGUGCCGCGGGGCCCCUUGAUGCUGCCCACGGGAGUGGCUGUGCAGAGCCGAGGGGUGCCUGCAUGCCUGCUCCAGAGCUAUGUCCCGGUGGGACCUGGACCGCCCCGGUGAGGAUUGGCGUCGUCCCUGUCAGAUGGACAACGCAGUGUCCUGAGCGGGGGUCUGUGCCUGCCAGCACAUCCCAGGACCUGCUCAGCGUGAGUUCCUAAGGAAGUGGGCUUCAUCUCCUUGCUCUUCGGGCACCAGGGACUGCUUCACACUGGAGUCACUGCAAGGCUGCCCGGCGGGGAGUGACCCACGUCCUGCCCAGGGGACAAAGCUGCCGAGCACUGAACCCAGCGGGGUUUGGAGAGGAGCCGCCGGAGAGGUCACAGACCCCUCCGAGCAUCCCUCCAGCUCACAUCCCCUCCGCCUGAGCGGGGCCGGCACAGGGAUCCUCGGGGGGCGUUCGGCUCUGCCACUGCAGGAACAGCCGGCGGGGACCGGCCAAGGGGCGCCUUCCCUGCGCGCUGGGCGCAGCGGCCGGGCUGAGCGGGGGUCCCCCGGGCUGCCCCCGCCCAACAGUCCCGCCCUGGCGCCGGCAACAGCCCCGGCUCACGUCCGCCCGCGGCUCCCGGGGCACGGAGCGCCCCGCCCGCGGAGCCGCAGCGCGGCGGCGCAGCCGCUCCCGCCCCGGCCCGGCCCCGUCCGCUGCUCUCGGCAUGGCUGCGGCGGGCGGCGGCGGCAGGAGCUGCUUCGUGCUGGGCGCCUCCGGGGAGACGGGCCGGGUGCUGCUGCGGGAGCUGCUGGCCCAGCGGGCCUUCGCCCGGGUCACGCUGAUCGGGCGGCGCCGGCUGAGCCUGGGCGAGGCGGCGGGGGCCGUGGAGCAGGCGGUGGUGGACUUCGAGCGGCUGGGCGAGCACGCCGCCGCCUUCCAGGGACACGACGUGGGCUUCUGCUGCCUGGGCACUACCAGGGCCAAGGCUGGCGCAGAUGGCUUUGUCCGUGUGGAUCGGGACUACGUGGCGCAGGCAGCAGAGCUGGCGCGGGCAGGGGGCUGCAAACACUUUGUCCUGCAGUCCUCCCGGGGGGCAAACGCACAGAGCCGCUUCCUCUACCUCCGCGUGAAGGGAGAAGUGGAAAACCUGGUCCAGGCUGUUGGCUUUGAUCACUGUACCAUUCUCCGGCCAGCGGUGCUGCUGUGCAAGCGCCAGGAGUCCCGACCCAUGGAGUGGAUAGCCCAGCAGUUCUUGGGUGCUGUGGCUCGGCUGUUCCCCACUGCUUACUCAGUGCCUGUGGAAAUGGUAGCCAGGGCUAUGGUGGCCUGCGCUCUGCAGCCAGGAGAGGGGAAGGUAAAGGUGCUGGAGAACAGGGCCAUCCAUGAGCUGGGAAAUGCAACGCCACAGCAGGACACAUAGAGCUGAAGGGAUGGCAGGCAGGAGCUUGGUUCAUGCUUCAGGUGCUCUCUGGGCUGAGGAUGAACGCAUGCAUGGGAGAGGUGUGGGGUGCUUGCAUGGCUAAUGUGGAGCCAGAGGUACAUCCACUUCUUUGCACUUUGGCUCAUUCUGUCAAGGGAUCAAACAUGCAGGUGCUGGCUGUUGGGUGAGGAGAAACAAUGUGCUCUGCUGCCUGGAUCCAUAAAAUGAAUACGGGUAAAGAUGAUGUAAUCCAGGCCUUGAAUAAAACCCUGUGACUGA